AGAAAAGAACAUCUGAUCCAAUCUUGUUUUAUGUUUUUGUAUAGUUUUUUUUUUCUUUUUUGUUCUUUUAAAUACUGCAAAAUUUGUCCCACGGCUUUAGUUUAUUCUUUCUCUUUCCUUUCUCUCUUUCUUUGUCGCUCUUUUCUUUCUUUCUAGUUUCUCUGUGUUUGAUGCUAUCAAGGGUUCUUUGUUUUAAUCAAAUAUUUCUGGGUCGUUGAUCUUGUUGGUUCAUCUUCACUAGAGAUUAAUUGGUUCUCUUUUAUUUCUUCUCCCUUUACUUGAUUCCCAGUUUGGAAUUGCAUCUAAUUCUCUCUUUCCUACAACUUCUCAUAUCCUUUGUCUUGUCACCUCUCCUUCAACAAGCUACAACCCUCUCUUUCUUCAUCAAAGUUUAUGAUAGAUCAGUUCUGGCAAGGCACAACAAGUAGAAAGAAAACCUUGUUGAGGCAGCUGUAGCAAACCCUUUUCUUUCUUUUUGAUUUGUUCUUUAAUUUAACUCUCUGAUCUCAAAACCCUUUUAAUUAAGUUGUUAGAAGAAAGUAAAAAAUCGAGCAAUUCUGGUCUUUUGCUCUUCUGUUUAGUUACUUGUUUGUUGAAUUCAAUUUGCAACACUGGCGAACCCGUGGUGGGCUAAUCAGUUGAGUUUGCCGGGCAUGGACCCGGCUGGCAAUUCACCAGCCUUAAACAAACGUGACAAUGAAAUUUCGAUGAACGACACAAGCAAAAAUAGAAGCAACGGCGGAGGGGAUGAAGAUGAAGAUAGAGACACCGGCGAUGAGCCUAAAGAGGGGGCAGUUGAGGUUGGUAACCGAAGACCCAGAGGCCGUCCUCCAGGCUCAAAAAACAAGCCUAAACCACCCAUUUUUGUCACCAGGGACAGCCCAAACGCGCUCCGUAGCCAUGUCAUGGAAGUUGCAAGUGGUACUGAUGUUGCUGAAAGCAUAGCACAAUUCGCUCGGAAACGACAACGUGGGGUUUGUGUGCUUAGCGGCAGUGGCUCCGUAGCAAACGUUACACUAAGACAACCAGCAGCACCUGGAGCUGUGGUUGCUCUUCAUGGAAGGUUCGAGAUUUUGUCUUUGACUGGGGCUUUUCUGCCUGGACCAGCUCCACCAGGCUCAACAGGGCUCACUGUAUAUCUGGCUGGUGGUCAAGGACAAGUUGUUGGAGGAAGUGUUGUUGGUCCACUGAUCGCAGCAGGGCCUGUUAUGGUCAUUGCAGCAACAUUUGCAAACGCAACUUAUGAAAGAUUGCCUAUAGAAGAAGAAGAGGAAGCUGGCAGUGCUGGCCAUGGAGGACAGAUCCAAGGAGGAGCAACCAAUUCUCCACCAGCAAUCGGAAGUAGCGGCCCACAGACAGGUCUGCCUGAUCCAUCUACAAUUCCAUUAUACAAUUUGCCCCCUAAUCUACUCUCCAAUGGAGGGCAGCUAGGGCACGAGGCCUAUGCUUGGGCGCAUGGGCGGCCACCUUAUUAAUAAUGGAGAGCAGCUUCAUAUAUAAUUAGAGAGUGAUGGGACUUAAUUUUCUUUAGAUCUUACAAAAUUGUUGUGUUUGUAUUUAAAGGUAGAGAGAUUGGAAGAAAAUAGCAAAAAGAGGGCAUUGUGAAACAAGAGAAAAACCUUGGGUGAUCUCAUUGUACAUUAAACUCUCUCCCUUUCCUUUCUUUCUUUUUCUGUAUGCAAUAAAAGAUGAAUUUAGAGAGUACUCUUUUAAACUGUUUUCCCCUAUAUCCUCCAAUUUAUAUUAUUGA